AUGAGUCGAGGGCAAUACGUAGCUCGACAUCGAAGGUGUGUCGACUCUCUUGCUAAUAUCCCGUUAGAUGCAAGGCCGCUUCCGCCGUGCAGUGAGCAGGCCCACGAAGACUCGCUUGCCAUGAUCGCAGCAGACCAUUCCCUUACUUCGGAGAUAUGGAGAGACAGCAAAAAGGUUAGAUGGACAGGGAUAAACGGUACCGCAAGAACUGAAGAGUGCGAUAGGGUGGAAUGGGAUGGGAUAGACGCGUGGAUGGAGUCGAUGCCACCAAUUGGCCAAGAUGCGCAUGGAUCGAGUGAACCAGAGAAGGGGAUGUGGGUGACAUUGGCUCUGCGAGACACGACGGCAGAGGGCCUUUCGGUCUCACAAGAGAACAGUGACUUGCGUGAGAAUAAGGAACAUGAGUGUGUGAGAGCACUUGAGCUUGUGAGAGAGUGCGAGAGUAAGUGA